GAGAGGGGCGGGGCCGGGAGAGUACCUGUGCGCGGGGCGGGGAGGGGCCGCCGCGGGGCUCGGGAGGGCACCGCCCAGAACUCGCGGAGCCGGGCUCGGAGGCCGGGCCACGGACGGGGGGCGGCGCCCUAGAGAGCGCUAGGACCCAGGAAGAACUUGGGGUGGAGAAGCUGGAUGGGCGUGGACCAGAGAGAAUCUGGAGCAGGCCUCAGCCACCCCUCCGGAUGCUGGUGCUGCCGUCGUCCCCCUGCCCGCAGCCCCUGGCGCUUCCCUCCGCAGAGGCCAUGGAGGCCCCGCCCUCUCGGACAGGCAGGUCUCCAGAACCCGGACCUUCCUCCUCCACCGGACUUCCCCAGACUUCCUCCUCUCCGAGGCCCAACCACUACCUGCUCAUUGACACCCAGGGUGUGCCGUACACCGUGCUGGUGGACCAGGAGCCCCAGAGACAGCCUGGUGCAGAUGGGACAUCAGCUCAGAAAAAGUGCUACAGCUGCCCUGUGUGCUCCCGGGUCUUCGAGUACAUGUCCUACCUGCAGCGGCACAGCAUCACCCACUCGGAGGUGAAGCCCUUCGAGUGUGACACCUGUGGGAAGGCAUUCAAGCGGGCCAGCCACCUGGCUCGGCACCACUCUAUUCACCGGGCCGGCGGUGGUCGACCCCAUGGCUGUCCGCUCUGCCCUCGCCGCUUCCGAGAGGCGGGGGAGCUGGCCCAGCACAGCCGGGUCCACUCAGGGGAGCGCCCGUUUCAGUGCCCCCACUGCCCGCGCCGGUUUAUGGAGCAGAACACGCUGCAAAAGCACACUCGGUGGAAGCACCCAUGAGCCAGGCUGCGGGGCGCCCCAGGUGCCACGGGGAUCUGUGGGGAGCCUGGACUCCCGUUGCCCUCAGACACCUGGCCAGUGCGGAAGGCUGGGUUGCAGCCCUGGACACAGACCCACCGCCUGCAAAGGCCAAGCCCUGCCUGAAGGAGGAGCCCAUGAGUAGCCUUCCUGUAUUGGAAAUAAGCGGAAAACAAGACCUUAACAUUCGCAGAGUGGAGCCCCCCAGCCUCAGGCUGAGCCCUGAGCGGAGGUGUGGGGAGAGAGUGCUCUGUGUGGAAAUUCUCCAGCCUGAAAAAUGUGGUUGGGAGCCGUCAAGAAUCUGCACCAGCUUCCUGAGGCCCUCCUUGUUGAUGCUGGGGGAAGGGGCCCCAGACCUGCCUCCCAAACCCCAGCCAGACACUGGACACCCAAUAAACACCUUUCCCAUUUUGA